GCUUCUUCAAAAAAUGACAUUUUGAAAGUUUGCAGAAAAGAAUAUGAGGAGGUUGACCAAUAUGUGUUGAUGGAGAACGGAAGAGGAAAUGUAAAAGGUAAGAGAGGCUUAAAAAUGACAACAAAAUGGUGACUGAACACCCUGCUCUUUCUUGAUAAUGUUUACUUUGCCCAUUUCUUCUUCUUUGCACUGUUUUUGGCUGGAAUUAUACAAAAUGGUUUCUCCAUUUUAUCCUAGAUUGAGCUCUCUUCAGUUGGACAGAAAAUAUUCUUUUUGACUAUUUGCACAACUUUUAACUGAACAAUUUAUAAAUAAAGAGGAGAGAAAGGGCAAGUUCUUAAAUGUUAAAAGGGGAGAUCAAUUGGGCAGGGUGGAAAAGAGCAAAUAUACCUAAGUUAAAUAAUAGGUGGUAGAAAUAAUGGACUAGUGAUAAUAUAUUGUGGAUUGAAAUGAAGAAUCUGGCAUGAUCAAUCUUCAGUAAUUACUGAUUUUGUCACCUUUUGUUGGACAACCUGUAAUGAUUAAUUUAAUUUAUAUCUAAAUUCAGACCUACUGGUACUAAUGGGUUAGAUUUAUUUUAUUUAUUUCUAUAUAUUGUGAAAAUAGCUUCCUUGGUUGUACCAAAUACAAGGAAGCUUUGCAAAAGAGAAGGACGAGAUGGUCCACAAACUGUUUGAUCUUCUCAAAGUAGGUGCACUGUCUCCUUUAGUUUGGAGGCAUUUCCCCUCGUAUUGGUUUUGUAUAUUAAAUCAGAUGGAAAAGCAACAGAAUAGUUGAUAAGAGUGACUGGUCAAAAGCUCAAAUCAUUGUGUGAUCUGGAACCGAAUCCAUAUGGCACAUGAUGAAUGUGUGUGACUGGCAUGUAUCAGUACAUCUGAGUCUUUUUUUAUAUAUGUGAUAUGUUGAUGGUAUAUCUUUAAUGCAAAGACAAAUUAGAAUUCAUUUUCUAGCCUUAACUUUCUAUUUCAUCUCUCCUGCCCUCAGCUUCCUUUCUUGUGGUGUGUUUAUAUAUGUAUAUGUGUAUAUAUGUAUAUGUAAUAUCACACACGCACGAGUGCUAUGUACCUAAAUACAAAUCCAUAUAAAAGCUAGGUAACUUAAAUAAAAGAGCCUGAAAUGCAAUUAAUUCCUUCUUUUCAAAUUUUCAUAGCUUGUUAUUACAUAAUACCGGUAUAUAUGGAUCUGCCCAAGAACUUUUAUAAGUUGCCUCUUAGAUACAGUCAGAUGAGCUGCGCUAGUCUUUUUUUUUAGCAAUCAGCAGAGGCUUGGGGCUAAGGGAACAACUGCAUCUGAGUUUCCUUUCAGCCUACCACCAGCGCAAUAAGUGUGAAGAGUGAGGUAAGACCACAAAUAUGGAGCAUAAUGUAUAGGGAAGAAAUAGGAGGGGGACACAUGAAAUGAGGUUGCAAAAGAGGCCAUUUUCUACAAGUUGGUGAUUCACAAUAGAUUCACUUUGUCAUCAAAGUGACACUUUUCUCAGAGCUUAUUGGAGACACUUUUACCGCAAUAAAUGUUGCUGGAUCAGCGUCACUUUAAAUGUGUGUGAAUCAUAUGUAAGUCUUGGUUGGUAUAUUUGCACCCCAGUUGUGAAUUUUGUAAGUGUGGGUUUAUAAACAAUUUUUGUUGACUGCUUUGAAAAUGUAAAGCACCUAUUCUUUAGCUACUAAAUAUUUAUUAUUGUGUUCAGGUAACAUUAUAUUAAUACAUUUUUAAAAGUUUAACAAUGCUAUCCAAAUAUUUAUAAAAUGUAGCUGAAGUACACUUUCUUUCACUGGGGGUUUUUUCAACUCUUUUUUUGUCCUUUUUCUCUCUGCUCCUUUUCAGCAGCUUUUUCUUGUCUUCCUUUCAUCCUCUUUCUACCUGUGAGUAUAUCUCUUUACUUUUUCCUUCUUCACUUCUUCCAGCUCUCUACUAUCCUGUUCAUCUCCUUCCAAAAAGGUAGGUAAAAAAGAGGUGGGAUACAGGGGAGGGAAACUGCAUGUGAGUUUUUAUUAUUAAGAUGUGUGUAGAGUUGAGGUUUACUGUGUUGAGAAUAUGACAAAGUAGGAUAUAAUGCCUGAAAUAACAGACUGGGAGGGCGUAAUUACCUACUUGAGGUCAUUUUUUGUGUUGAAGGGGCAGUACUGUAACUUCCCUUUAUACACUACAAAUGUCGAGUUCUACACACUGCAGACUAUGCUUUUCCCUACACAUUAAGAACUCCAGGUGGGUUUUUUUUUUGUUUUUUUUGUUAUCCUGCUAAAUGCAGUGCACUUUUUGUAAGUCUUGGCUGAAAUUUCUCUUAGUUUAGUUCACUGUCUUGUAGACAUCAAUCAAUAAUAAUAUAACUCUGGUAGCAAGAGCAGCAGCCAUCUUUGAUAAAUGUAAGUGGAAAUGUUCCUUAGUUUUUAGUUUCUGUUCCUCGCAUUCACUGUAAAAAUUAUUUUUUGCACAGAACAAUAUUGGGCACUCCUCCUGGUGCUCCUGGGACAGUUAAAAGAAUGCUCUUUUUAGUUGCAUUAACAGAAACGAGAUGGGAUCAGUUUGUUGCAGUUAUGCAGGACAUCAUACAAACUGCCGGGAAUAUUGUCAAGCAAUUUUUCGGACAGACUCUUCUCCUGGUCCUUCACAAAUAAAAGCAGUUGAAAGUUACUGUGCCUCUAUUAGCCCUCAGUUAAUACACUGCGUGAACAACUACACACAGUCAUAUCCAAUGAGAAACCCUACAGAUAGUUUGUAUUGCUGUGACAGAGCAGAAGAUUAUAUCUGCCAAAGUGCUUGUAAAAAGAUUCUGAUGUCAAAGAAAACAGAACUUGAAAUUGUUGAUGGACUUAUAGAAGGGUGUAAAACAAUGCCUCUGCCUCAAGAUCCACUUUGGCAGUGUUUUCUUGAGAGUUCAAGGUCUGUUCACCCUGGAGUCACUGUGCAUCCUCCUCCUUCAACAGGCCUUGAUGGGGCUAAAUUGCAUUGCUGUUCUAAAGCAAACACUUCCACAUGUAGGGAGUUGUGCACUAAACUUUAUAGCACAAGCUGGGGCAAUACACAGAGUUGGCAAGAAUUUGAUCGCAUUUGUGAGUACAGCCCAGUUGAAGUUUCCAUGUUGACCUGUUUAGCAGACGUUCGAGAACCUUGUCAGCUGGGCUGUAGAAAUCUCACUUACUGCACUAAUUUUAAUAACAGACCAACAGAACUUUUUAGAAGCUGCAAUGCUCAGUCAGAUCAAGGAGCCAUGAAUGACAUGAAGCUUUGGGAGAAAGGAAGUAUUAAGAUGCCAUUUAUAAACGUUCCUGUUCUUGACAUUAAAAAAUGCCAGCCAGAAACGUGGAAGGCAAUUGCUUGCUCACUGCAGAUUAAACCUUGUCAUAGUAAAUCUAGAGGAAGUAUUAUCUGCAAAUCAGAUUGUGUGGAAAUUCUCAAGAAAUGUGGAGACCAAAAUAAAUUUCCUGAGGGUCACACAGCUGAAAGCAUUUGUGAACUUCUGUCUCCAACAGAUGACUUUGAGAACUGUAUCCCUUUGGAUACAUACCUUAGUUACCUAGCCUGUGUGUCAGAAAGAACCCCUUCACACCCAAAAGUACUGAGAAACAAGACGACAAUCAAACAUGACCCCCAUAUUUCCUUAUACAACAGAAGACAUCUGUCACAGUUUCAGGGCCCGAGUUCUUUAGGUAACAUUGUGGAGGAGGUUACACAUCCAUGUAAUCCAAAUCCUUGUGCUGCCAAUCAGUUGUGUGAAGUAAAUAGAAAAGGAUGUCAUUCUGGAGAACCCUGUCUUCCCUAUUUUUGUGUUCCAGGUUGCAAGUUAGGAGAAGCUUCAGAUUUUAUUGUCCGCCAAGGUACACUUAUUCAGGUUCCAUCAUCUGCAGGAGAUGUUGGUUGCUUCAAAAUUUGUACUUGUGGACAAAGUGGACUUUUAGAAAACUGUAUGGAGAUGCAUUGUGUUGACCUUCAAAAGUCCUGUAUUGUUGGAGGACAAAGGAAAAGCCAUGGAACAUCCUUUAACAUAGAUUGUAAUGUCUGUUCUUGUUUCGCUGGAAACUUAAUAUGUUCCACUCGUCAGUGUCUUCAUGAGCAUAGCUCAGCAGAGGAACGUCGUAUGUUUACAGGUCUACCAUGUAACUGUGCUGAUCAGUUUGUCCCAGUAUGUGGGCAAAAUGGACGCACAUAUCCAAGCGCAUGCAUAGCACGAUGUGUUGGGCUCCAGGACAAUCAGUUUGAAUUUGGAUCAUGUAUCUCCAAGGAUCCAUGUAACCCUAACCCUUGUACCAAAAAUCAGAGGUGCAUACCAAAGCAGCAGGUUUGCUUAACAAGUUUUGAGAAGUUUGGAUGUAGCCAGCAUGAAUGUGUGCCAAGACAAUUCAACUGUGAUCAGUUACAGGAUCCUGUUUGUGACACAGAUAAUAUGGAAUAUAAUAACUUGUGUACUUUGUACCAAAAAGGAAAAAAUGUAUCAUACAAGGGUCCAUGCCAGCCCUUCUGCAAAUCAGUGGAACCAGUAUGUGGACAUAAUGGUGAAACCUACAGUAAUGUGUGUGCUGCCUAUUCUGACCGUGUGGCUGUGGACUACUAUGGACAUUGUCAAGCUGUAGGAGUUGUUUCAGACUAUAGUUUACAAACAGAAUGCACCUCUGUUAAAUGUCCUCCUCUUUCUGCAACUGGAUGCAAACCAGUUGUUGCACCAGGAGCCUGCUGCCCACUGUGUGCUGGAAUGCUGAGAGUCUUAUACGAUAAAGACAAGCUGGACACUUUUGCCAAGGUAACCAAUAAAAAGCCAAUAACUGUACUUGAAGUACUUCAAAAAAUCCGUCUACAUGUUUCAGUGCCACAAUGCGAUGUGUUCGGAUACUUAAGCAUAGAAUCUGAAAUUGUGAUUCUCAUUAUACCCGUUGAUCAAAACCCCAAACCGUUGCAGAUUGAAGCCUGCAAUAAAGAAGCAGAAAAGAUAGAGUCGCUGAUAAAUUCUGACAGCCCAACUUUAGCAUCCCAUGUGCCGUUAUCAGCACUUAUCACAUCUCAAGUGCAAGUUUCCUUUAGUAUAUCUUCUUCCUCUAUUAAAGCUGUACCUGUAUUGCAGACCCUGCUCUUGAGCCUUAUAUUGACCUUGCAAGCAGCAAUCUAUAAUACAUAACUGCUUAGAAAAUGUGCAAAAUAAAUAUCCUAUUGUAUUUUUUCUUUAUUGCGAAGGACAUUCAGAACUGCUGAUCUGUUAAUAGAGCAAAAUAUAUUUUAAGCAGAAAGAAAAAUAUAUAUCAGUUUCGUUCAACAAAAUUCCAGAAAAAGAUUUUAAUGUAGUACAUUUUUCAUUAAAAAUUAAUUUUAAAAUAUUUGAAAUAAUCCAAAAGAAAACUCUCCUAUUAAUCACUAGUCAAAAGAUUUUUUUCGUAGACAAUUCAUUUUCUUUAUGCACGCAUACCUUAAAAAUAUUGUACAAAUCUCUAAAAUUGUAAUUCUGUGAAAAGGGAGUUGUUACACACAAAUUCUAUUAUUUUCAGCAGUGAAAACAUGUAUUGAGAUUUUUGAAAAGUGUUUUUUGUUUAUUAUUCAGAUGUAUAUCAUUGAGAAGUAUGCACCUAUUUUAAACAUCAAUUUUUGGAAGAAACAAAAAUUGCUGCUACUUAAAUAAUUUACCAAAAAACGAACUGAGUAAUUUUAUGUGUGACUAUAUUAUCUUAUAUUUUAUUAUGAAGAAAGCUAAAUAGCCAUGGGCCUAUCCCAGCAAACUUACACAUUUGAGUAGCUUUACUCACCUGCUUAAGUGGUUGCAGGUUGUUGGGCCCCAUGUUUGUAAAAUGACAAUCAUUUUCUAAGCCAGAGCCUUAUUUACAUUAAGAAAUGGACAAAUAUAUUCAUUUCUACAGUUCUGUAUAUUGCAAAUACCAUGUAUUCUAUCUGAUUUUCUUAUUGGAUACAAAAUUAUAAAGCCUCUAUUUAUAAGUGCCAUUUUAAAUAUUGCAGUAUUUGCAUGUUAUCUAAUGAAAUUUACACUUUAAAUAUGUUGGUUUUAUACAAACAAUACAUUAAAAGUUAUUGUGUUUUAUGCACAUGAACUUAAUCUACAUGAAGUGUUUUGUAUCAGUAUUAUAGUAGCCAACUUUUGAAGUUUUUACAGAAAAACUUUUUUGCCAAAAUAUUGAACUUUAAAAGAAGGCAUUGAAAAUUUUUUGGACAUUUUGUUUGUUACUGUAGCAUGUUUGUAGCAAUUAUUUUCUGUUAAAAAUAUUUUCAGUGCAAAUGUAUCAAAGCUUUUUUUAUUUUAAUAAAAAGAUCGUCUAUUUUCUCAUGUA